AUGGCUCUUUGUGCCAGCUUUUGUGUCUAUUGUGAGAUUAAAAGUGAAGUAAAUAAACUGUACAAGUUACUGGAGAUAGAUGUUGAUGGAGUUUUUAAGUCCCUUUUGCUGUUAAAAAAGAAGAAAUAUGCUGCUUUGGUUGUGGAAUCAGCCGGAGAUGGAAAAUACAUUACCAAACAAGAACUUAAAGGAUUGGACAUAGUGAGAAGAGAUUGGUGUGAUCUUGCAAAAGAGACUGGAAACUAUAUAAUUGGCCAGAUCCUUUCUGACCAAUCUCGAGAUGUAAUUGUAGAAAAUAUCCAAAGAAGGUUAAUAGAAAUUGGAGAAAAUGUCACAAAUAACCUUAUUCCAAUAAAACAAUAUGAGAUCAAUAAGGCAUUGACAAAAGAUCCCCAAGAUUACCCAGACAAGAAAAGCUUGCCUCACGUGCAUGUCGCCUUGUGGAUGAAUUCUCAGGAGGGUAGAAAGCUGAAAGCUGGGGACACAGUGUCAUAUGUUAUCUGUCAGGAUGGAUCAAAUCUGAGUGCCAGCCAGAGAGCAUAUGCUCCGGAACAACUGAAGAAACAAGCAAAUCUUACUAUUGAUGUUCAGUAUUACUUGUCACAACAAAUUCAUCCAGUAGUAGCUCGUAUCUGUGAACCCAUAGAUGGAAUUGAUUCUGUUCUUAUUGCAGCGUGGCUUGGAAUGGAUCCCUCACAGUUCAAAGUCCAUCAACAUUACCAUAAAGAUGAAAAAGAUGAUUUGCUUGGUGGCCCAGUUCAGCAAACUGAUGAAGAAAAAUAUAAAGACUGCAAGAGAUUCAAGUUUGCUUGUCCAAAAUGUGGGACAGAAAAUAUUUAUGAUAAUGUCUUUCGAUACUUGGGUGGAAAGCUUAAAGCCAGUGUGCUAUGCUGUAACCCAGAAGGAUGUAAUGAAAAUCUUUUAAAUUACUCUAUGCAGUUUAACAACAAGUUAAUCUUGGAUAUAAGAAGUUUUAUAAAAAAAUAUUACAGUAAGAGUGAACCUGCUUCUUCUCUGGUUGGUGUAUGGGGUCAGAGUGACCUCACUAUUUCAUGA